GUGGAAACCAGAUGUUUCAGUCACAUUGCAGCCGCUGCUCUGAGACUUUAUCCUGUACAGCCCCUGACAGGCUGUGACUGCUCUACAGGCAGACGAUAUGGUCAUCUUCAUUUGCUUAUUUGUCUUACUGUGGGAAGAGGCUCAUGGAUGGGGAUUCAAGAACGGAAUUUUUCACAACUCCAUAUGGCUUGAACAAGCAGCAGGCGUAUACCACAGAGAAGCGCGGUCUGGCAAGUACAAGCUCACCUACGCAGAGGCUAAGGCUGUGUGUGAAUAUGAAGGUGGGCACCUUGCCACCUACAAGCAGCUAGAGGCAGCCAGAAAAAUUGGAUUUCAUGUGUGUGCUGCUGGAUGGAUGGCGAAGGGCAGAGUUGGAUACCCCAUUGUGAAGCCAGGGCCCAACUGUGGAUUUGGAAAAACUGGUAUUAUUGAUUACGGAGUCCGUCUCAACAAGAGCGAAAGAUGGGAUGCCUAUUGCUACAAUCCUCAUGCAAAGGAGUGUGGUGGUGUCUUUACAGAUCCAAAGCGAAUUUUUAAAUCUCCAGGCUUCCCAAAUGAGUAUGAAGAUAACCAAGUCUGCUACUGGCACAUUAGACUCAAGUAUGGAGAGCGGAUUCACCUGAUUUUUUUGGACUUUGACCUUGAAGAUGACCCAGCUUGUUUGGCUGACUAUGUUGAGAUAUAUGACAGUUACGAUGAUGUUCAUGGCUUUGUGGGAAGAUACUGUGGAGAUGAGCUUCCAGAAGACAUCAUUAGUACAGGAAAUGUCAUGACCUUGAAGUUUCUAAGUGAUGCUUCAGUGACAGCAGGAGGCUUCCAAAUCAAAUAUGUUGCAGUGGAUCCUGUAUCCAAAUCCAGUCAAGGAAAAAAUACAAGUACUGCUCCCACUGGAAAUAAAAACUCUUUAGCUGGAAGAUUUAGCCAUUUGUAAAACAGAAGAACAUUCAGAAUAUACAGUGUUCAUAUUUGCAUCCUUUAGAACUCCUUUGAUCUCACUUUUAUAUUGUUAUUAACAUUUAUUUAUUAUUUUUUUUAAAUGUGAAAGCAAAACCUGAUGAUUUUGGUAAAUACAGAAAAAUUCAAAUGAGAAAUAGUCUCUUGUAACCUCACUGCAUAAAAGUAACAAUCAUUAAUAUUUUUAUGAAUUUUCUUUUAGUCAUUUUUCUAUUUGUGGUAUAUGUAUAUAUGUAUAUAUGUAUCUAUAUGGAUUUGUACUUGAAAUUUUGCUCUAGGUACAGUUUUACAGUCUGGUUUUUCUGCCCUUGAACUUUAUAGCAUAAGUAUUUUUCCAUAUUGUUGAAUAUUCACAAAAACAUGAUUUUGAACACCUGUAUAAUAUUCCAUUCUAUGAUUGUUCCAUACUUUAUUUAAGCCUUUCUAUGUGGUUGGAAUUUUAGGUUGUUUUCAUAAAUAUUGCUACAAUAUACAUCUUAGAGCAUACAUAUUUUUGCAGCUCUCUAAUUAUUUGGGAUAGUGUCCUAGAAGCAGAAUUACUGAAUCAGAGGUUUAUUAAAAUAGAAUUUCCCUUUUUGUUAGGCAAAAUUGACAUUUCAUUGUGGUUUAAAUUUGCACUUUAUUAGUGACAUUGAUCAUUGGUUUAUAUAUUUUUGACUAAUUGUAUUUCUUUUGUGAAUUUUGUUCAUGUCUUUCACUCAUUUGUUUUACUAAUAUAAUCUUUUCUCUUAUUGAUAUUUAAGAAAUUAUUAUAUAUUAAAUAAUAAUUCCACAUCUAUCACAUAUGUUGUAAUUUCAUUUUAAGUUUAUAUUUGCCUUUAAUUUUUAUGGCAUUUUUAAAAAUGUACUAAAGGUUAAAAUAUAUCUGCUGUCAUACUUA